GCACCCAAUGUGUCGACACACAUCGCGCGGGUCACGGAACCUGCAUAUAAAACAAGAUCCUACCCAGCAGCUCGUCGCACACAAACUAAGAGCCAUAGUUCCCAUCUCAUAAUUUUCAGUCAUACCAAACUUUGUCGAAUUUGUGGACACCAUAGUGCAGCACAGUAACAGGCAAUGGAGACCGCCAGAAAGCCUCACUUUGUGCUCGUCCCAUGGAUAGGAAGCAUCAGCCACAUCGUCCCCAUGACGGACAUCGGCUGCCUUCUCGCCUCCCAUGGAGCGUCGGUCGCCAUCAUCACGACGCCCGCCAACGCGUCGCUUGUCCAGAGCCGCGUCGACCGUGUCACCCUGGGCGGCACGGCGCUCGCGGUCACCGCGAUCCCCUUCCCGGCCGCCGAAGCCGGCCUGCCGGAGGGGUGCGAGAGGUUGGACCUGAUCACGUCCCCCGCCAUGGUGCCUAGCUUCUUCGAAGCCAACAAGAAGUUCGGCGAGGCGGUGGCGCAGUACUGCCUUCGGGAUGCGCAACGCCGGCCGAGCUGCAUCGUCGCCGGGAUGUGCCACACGUGGACGCUGCCCAUGGCGCGAGACCUCGGCGUGCCCUGCUACAUCUUCCACGGCUUCGGCGCGUUCGCCUUGCUCUGCAUCGAGCACCUCUACAGGCAAGGCCGGCAAGAGGGGAUUGCGUCUCCGGACGAGCUCGUCGACAUCUCAGUCCUGCAGGCGUUCGAGUGCAAGAUCCUCGUUAGGCAGCUGCCGCCGCAUUUCUUGCCAUCCACGUCCAUGGGGAGCGGGGUGAUGCAGGAGGUCCGGGAGUUCGACAUGGCCGUGGACGGCGUCGUGGUGAACAGCUUCGACGAGCUGGAGCACGGCUCCACGGCGCUUCUCGCGGCCGCCGCAGGCAGGAAAGUUCUCGCCGUGGGGCCGGUCUCUCUGUGCUGCGCACCUAGUCUCGACCCGCAGAGCGAUGACGCGAGGCGGUGCAUGUCGUGGCUGGACGGCAAGAAGGCCAAGUCCGUGGUGUACGUGAGCUUCGGCAGCGCCGGGUGCAUGCCGCCCGCGCAGCUCAUGCAGCUCGGCAUGGCCCUGGUCUCGUGCCGCUGGCCUGUCAUGUGGGUUAUCAGAGGCGCUGACUCGUUGCCCGACGACGUGAAGGUGUGGCUACGUGAGAACACCGACGGCGACGGCGACGCGGACAGCAAGUGCCUCGUGGUGCGCGGGUGGGCGCCGCAGGUGGCCAUCCUGGCGCACCCGGCGGUGGGCGGAUUCAUGACGCACUGUGGGUGGGGCUCGACCCUGGAGAGCGUCGCCGCCGGCGUGCCCAUGGUCACCUGGCCUCUGUUCGCCGAGCAGUUCGUGAACGAGAAGCUGAUCGUGGACGUGCUUGGCAUCGGGGUGUCCGUCGGCGUGACAAAGCCAACGGCCAACGUCCUGACCGCUGGCAAACAUGGCAGCGGAGAGGCGGAGGCGGAGGUUGGGGCGGAGCAAGUCAACAGCGCUGUGGAGAAGCUGAUGGAUGGAGGGGAUGAAGGGGAGGACAUGAGGAGGAAGGCUCUGGCAUGUAAAGCGAAAGCAAACGCUUCUCUGAAGGAAGGUGGGUCGUCGUACAACAAUUUAGAGGAAUUGAUUCAGUCUUGUGUCUGAAAAUUCGACUGGGCAGUCUUAGCUAAUGGGAUGAGAAUAUAAUUUCUUUGUGUCGAUUGUUCCUGCAGUAUAAGCCAAAAUGCCAAUAAAGGACUGAAGUUUCUAACCCUA